GCUAGUCUUUUUUUAGUCGACGACAAGAAAGCCGACGAGACAGUUUCCCGAGCCAGGCCUGACACACUUUUCAAAUAUUAAAAAAAAAAUAGACGAAAUUCCCGCCAUAAUUAGUGACGUGUCAAAUUGUGAAAAAGGAAUAAAGAAGAGUUUAUUUUAAACUAUUUAUUUUGAAAACUUGCUAGUUCGUAAUGAUAUAAAAGUUUCCUAAAUUCAUAAAUGUGUCCCAAUCGAAGACUGACAUGACAAUUUGUUAUUUAAAAAUGUACGAUGGCAAGAGCAGUGCGCUGUGGCAUCUGGUACUGAUUGCUUUCUGCACACGGCAUGCCUCCGCCGACGACUAUAUCAGGAUGGGUAGCAACACGAACGCGGCAGAGGCGAUGCAGUUUCUGCGUGAGUACGACAGGGAGGCGUCCGGCAUGUGCUACAGAGUGACUACGGCGCAGUGGAAGUUCGUGACCAACAUAACGGAGCAAAACCGGCGACGGAUGAACGAGGAGCUGGCGCUGAGCUCCAAGUUCGAGCGGCUGUCGUGGCGCAAAGCGGCCGCCUUCGACGUCACACGUCUGGUCGACCCGCAGGCGCGCCGACAGCUGCGCAAGAUCGUGCAGGCCAGCCGCGCCUCACUCUCUGAUGACAAGUUUAAUGAGCUUCAAAAACUGAUAACAGAGAUGAAAGAGAUCUACAACUCGGCGAAAAUUUGCCCAUUCGGGCAGAAGCCGUACGACCCUCACGUACCGAAAGUGGGCAGCCCGGCGACCACCCCGCCCGAACCCUUCCCGCUGACGCAUCCGCAUUACCAGCUCAACAACCACCCUUAUCAGCACUACCAGCCGUACCAGGACAACCCCGAGUUCCCCAACUACUGCGACAUGCAGCUGGACCCCGAGAUCUCGAGAAUCCUCGCCCACUCCAGGAUAGAGAGCGAGCUCCUCUACGUGUGGAAGAGCUUCCGGGACCAGACCGGGCCCAAGCUGAGGGACAAGUUCAUAAGAUAUGUGGAACUGGCCAACGAGGCCGCCGUUCUCGCCGGUUUCAGGAACGCGGGGGAGCAGAUGCGCGCGGCGUACGAGGAGCCCUCGCUGCGGGAGAGCGUGGAGGAGGUGUACAAUCAGGUGGCGCCGCUGUACAAGCAGCUGCUGACGUACGUACGUCGCCGUCUGCUGCAGCGCUACGGCAACCACACGCUGCGCCCCGACGGGCCCCUGCCCGCACACCUGCUCGGCAACAUGUGGGCGCAGAAUUGGAAGUCUAUCAUGGACCUGGUGAUGCCGUUCCCGACCUCGCCCGCGCUGGAUGUCACCUCGGAGCUGUUGCGCCAGGGGUACACGCCGCUCAGGAUGUUUCAGCUGGGCGAGGAGUUCUUCACGAAGAUGGGCAUGAAACCGUUGCCGCCGGAGUUCUGGCGCAGCUCGGUGCUGACGCGGCCGCGGCGCCCCGCCCAGUGCUCCGCCAGCGCCUGGGACUUCUGCAACCGCAUCGAUUACAGGAUCAAGCAGUGCACGGAGGUGACGACGCAGGACCUGGUGUCGACGCACCACGAGCUGGCGCACAUCCAGUACUACCUGCAGUACGCAGACCAGCCGCAGCUCUUCCGCGACGGCGCCAACCCCGCGUUCCACGAGGCGCUCGCCAACGCGGCGACGUUGUCUGUCUACAACAUGCCGCAUCUCUACCGCCUCGGACUCUAUAACAACAAGAGCCACGACUCGUACGAGGUGGGCAUGAACUUCCUGAUGACCAUGGCGCUGGAGAAGGUCGCCUACUUGCCCUUCGCCUUCAUGGUGGACCAGUGGCGCUGGUCAGUGUUCGAGGAGGGUGUGGAGAACAUGAACGAGCGCUGGUGGCAGAUGAAGCUCAGGUACCAGGGCGUCGUCCCGCCGCUGAAACGCACCGAGGAGGACUUCGACCCCGGCGCAAAGUACCACAUCAUCUCCGACCAGGAGUACCUGAAGUUCUUCCUGGCGACGGUGCUGGAGUUCCAGGUGUUCGAGCAGCUGUGCGUGGCGGCGGGCCACGCCGAGCACCUGCACCUCUGCGACCUGCACCGCAGCCGCGAGGCCGGCCGCCUGCUCGGCGAGCUGAUGCAGGCGGGGGCCUCCAAGCCCGCCGGCGAGCUGCUGCGGACGCUGACGCGCGGCAGGACCGACAAGAUCUCGCCGGAGGCCCUCGUCAAGUACUUUCGUCCGCUGGAGCUGUGGCUGCGCGCGCAGAACCGCGACGCGCCACUCAUCGGGUGGAAGGCGAGCAGGCCGGACGUGGCGCUGUUCUCGCCGCGCGCCUCCGCCGCCGCCGCCGCGCCGCCCGCCGCCGCCCUCGCCGUGCGCCCGCUGCACCUCCUCCUUCCCUGUGUCGCCCUCCUUCUAGCUCACUAA